GAGACUGAAAACCUAUCUAUCACAGGGAGGGGCUGGGAUCGCGGUCUUUCAGAAAAGGAAUGGAGGGAUUGUAGAUCAAAGCAGGAGGGUGGGUCAUGAGCUGAGUGGCUCACCCUAACAAACGACAGCCUUUCAAAACUUGUGACUAUAGCUUGUGGUUUGUUUUUUUUUUUGCCCAUGGAGGACGCUGGGUUGGGCUGCGUUUUUUGUAUUUAACAGUUAAUGGCUGGCUGAGUCUCCCUUGUGUUUUUUUUUCCUCCCCCUGGGCAAGUCUUUGCUGCCCCCUGUCGAGCACCAUGAGGAACCCGAGUAUACAGUCCUCCAGAGUGGAUUCGCUACCAUCGUUACCAUGGCCGGUCGGCAGCGGUCUGGUCCCUGGGGAUCCUGCUUUAUGAUAUGGUCUGCGGAGAUAUUCCAUUUGAGCAUGACGAAGAGAUUGUCAAGGGUCAAGUGUUCUUCAGGCAAAGGGUCUCUUCAGAGUGUCAGCAUCUCAUUAGAUGGUGUCUGGCCCUGAGACCGUCAGAUCGGCCAUCCUUCGAAGAAAUCCAGAACCACCCAUGGAUGCAGGAUGUUCUCCUACCCCAGGCAACCGCUGAGAUUCACCUGCGCAGCCUGUCACCGGCGCCCAGCAAAUAGUAGCCUUUCCAUCAGACUCCGGGGAGGGAGCGCUGCCUCCAGCUUCCAGCAGGACCCUGCUUGGUGCAGAAACAGCAGUGACAGCUCACUCCAGACUUCAGGUUCCUGGAGCAGCCUCCCACAGGGGAGAGAGAGACUCUACUUCACGUUUUUCCAGGCCCCUCUGCCCCUCCCUCCUUCCCGCAUAGACGCUUUCACGGUGUCUAGUUUUACUGGGCUCUGCAGAAUCCUUGGGUGGGGGGUGGGAGUGGGUCCAAACCCUGCCAUGGAACUUUGAUCACCACGGAGACUUUGGGUCACCAAGAUGGGCUAGGGUAGGGGGAAAUAUGUUGGGGGUGGGAUUAAAAAAACAAACAACAAAAAACUAGCACCAUAUUUAAGUCCCUGUCACCUCUUCCAACUCCUCUGAGUGCCUUGUGUGGGGACUCCAGCUGUGCUGGGAGAAAUACUUGAACUUGCCUCUUACCUGCUGCUUCUCCAAAAAUCUGCCUGGGUUUGGUUCCCUCCUCUUCCCGUUCCCAUCCCCCCACCUCCUAUGAAAGGUGCCAUGGAAGAGGCUACAGGGCCCAUUGCUGAGCCACGUGCCCUUCUUCUGCCUCCUUCGGUAAAACUCCCAAGUGAACUGGUCUUCCUUUUUGGUUUCUACUUAACUGUUUCAAAGCCAAGACCUCACACAGAAUGCACAAUCAAUGCAACAACUAGACAAGCUGUAAAUGUGUGUACAGUCGGCAUGGCAGCCUGCAGAAGGAUUAUAGUUGAUACAAUUUGAAGAAAAAAAAAAUGCCUUUAAGUUAUUUUAUGUGUUGGGGUUUCUUUUGUUUUUGAAAGACGGCACAUUCUAGCCUGGAAGUCAAUGUUAAUGUAUUUAUUUAUUUAUUUAUUGGGUUGGCCUUCCUAUUCCAGGCUUCCACUGGCUUUUAUUGUCGUUCCCGGUUUUUUUUCCUCCUGACCUGGGGACCUUUUUGGGGGGGGGGCUGCAAUGCUUGCUGGGGUGAAGGGACUCUGGUGGGGCAGCUGCUGUAGUUCCUUCUGUGGUGGGGGUCCCUUGCCUGCUUCCUGGAGUGGGUCUGGGCUCUGUCUGUACAUAAGAAGAAGGCAGUUCCGGCGUGGUGUGCCUUCCGGGAUCCUCUGGGCUGGCUGAGCUUCGUUGGAGCAGCGUGUAGCCUGCUGGUUUUAUCUGAGUGAAAAGUACUGUACAGGGAAUAAAAGAGAUAUUUUUUUUUUAUACAUGGCAUUUUUUGAAUAAAAACCUUUUGUCUUAA